GCUGUAAUCGCUGCUAGACGGGAGAAGGUUAGGACAAGAUCGUUCUGGAUAAUAUCUAUCGGACGUGCGCGGUCUAACGUAACAUAUUGUAAUUCGCCGAAACGGUAAUUCUCCGAUCUUAAUCCGUUUUCCCUCUCUUCUUUUUGCGAGGAGACUCGUUCUCGGCAGAUAAAGAGCCGUGUAUUUAUCGUCAUCCCCCUGUUCCCGCAUUCCGUGCAGUUUCGCAUUACUGUGCAAUUGCGGCAAUGGCUACCUGGAACGGUUCAUAUUCGGAAGACCUGAAUUGCUUGGCGUACGACGACCGGAACGCAGCAGACGUUCCCGCUACCGCGGGAAACUGGCCAUAUUUCGUUGAGAACAAUGCAUAUCUAGGCGAUGUACCUCACGUAUCCACCGGAGGCUACUAUCCUAGAGCUAGGGGCGGUCGGCAGGUUUACGAGCAGAGUGGACCAACAACGGCUUAUUAUCAGGACGGCAGCCAGUACCCGUCGAAUAUGGUGCCUUUGAAGAACAAUGCCUAUCAGGAACGUGUACUGCCAAACACCUUGUUCGAGGAUAACGCGGGAGCGUCGAACAGCGGCGUCCCGACAUCGCACAAUGCGCCACCCUUCUCCCGUGGCGGUUACAGACCAAGAUCUAGGGGUAACCGGACGGCUGGCAAGUAUGCGCCACUGUCGGCGGGCGACGUCGUCCAGUCCACGGUAGUGGAGAACUCCAAUUUGCAUCCUAUAGCCAAUGAAUUUGUACCGAACAACCAGGGCAGAUUCCGAAAGGAUAACAGAUUCAAGAAGUACGAUAACGGCAACCCGAGUGGUUUCAAUACCUUCACGCAAGAAUUCAGACCAAAAUCAGCCUCGUCGGACAACAAAGGUGAGAGACGUUACGACAACAGAAGAGAUGCCAAUUAUAGACAGAAGAAGCCACAGGAUAUGCAGGCUUCAUCGAGAUUUGGCUACAGAGAUACUCCUAAGACUUACAACGCGAGAAACUAUAAUAAAUUUCAGAACAGCAAAUAUUACAAUAGGAAGUAUCAGUCAAAUGUACCUCCAACUGGACAGAAUGCUACUAGAGAAGCUCGUACAACUAUGACUGAAGCUAUUGAUUCAGCCAUGUCUAGUAGUCAGGAAAAUAAGACUUUUGGUGAGGAUGUUCAAGAGGAUGACUCAUCUUCGAGUACAAAAAUUGAUAGAAGUAGAGAAGAGAUGUUGAUGCACGUAGAUAACAAUUCGGAAAAUAUGUUUUCGAGAAGUCAAGAAGCAUCGCGAAAUGGUAGAGUUAAGCGAUUUGCUAGUGCAUCCAAUUAUAGAUACAAUUCGAACGAUAUGCAAUCUGAAUCUGGUACUAGCCGUAAAACAACAGCAGCAAAGUAUAUACAAAGAAGAAAUAAUGAGAUGAUAAAUUAUAAGGAGAAGAAAAUGGCAAAUUGGAGAGAUAAGACGGAAAGUAAUGAGACAGUGCAUGCAUCUCAGGGAAAAAAUUAUAAGAAAAAAUAUGAUAUUGAUGACGACUCGAGCCAGAGGGAAAGAUUAACUGAGCAGUUGAACAAGGGAACAUUGGAAUGUCUGGUUUGUUAUGAGCAUAUUAAGCAAAGCGAUUACGUUUGGUCUUGCAGCAAUUGUUAUCACGUAUUACAUUUAAAAUGCAUCAAAAAAUGGGCCAAGUCCUCUCAGAGUGAAAAUAAUAGUUGGAAGUGUCCGGCUUGUCGGGAUGUUAGUUUCCUCGUGCCUGAGGAUUACUUCUGCUUCUGUGGAAAGAUGAAGAUGCCAGAGUGGAAUCGCAGGGACGUAGCACAUUCAUGUGGCGAGAUUUGCGGUCGUCAUCUGUCCAAGAAUAAUUGUAUGCACAAAUGCAUCCUGCUCUGCCAUCCCGGCUCUUGUCCACAGUGCGUGGCAAUGGUAACAAAGUAUUGCGGAUGCGGCAGAACAUCGAAAAUGCUCCUAUGUAGCAUUCAACAACGGUUAAUAUGCGAUUCAGUAUGCGAAAAAGAUCUGUCGUGCGGCAAGCACACCUGUCAGAAAAAGUGUCAUCAAGGAGAGUGCGGGCCUUGCGAUAAAAUUGUACAACAAACAUGUUUUUGUAGUAAGAAAACUCAGGAGGUACCCUGCCGAGUCAAUGUCGCAGAUAAAUUUUCCUGUGAUAAUAUUUGUAAUAAAACAUUGGAUUGCAAGAAACAUUAUUGUCAGAAAAUCUGUCAUCCAGGAGCCUGCGAGCCCUGUUCUUUGACGCCUGAAAGAGUUACAAUGUGUUGUUGUGGUCAAACACCAUUAACGGAAAAGAGAGAGAGUUGUAUGGAUCCUGUGCCGACCUGCGAUAAAAUCUGUUCAAAGCGCUUGAGAUGCGGCCAGCCUAAUAAUCCGCAUAUCUGCAAGGCACCAUGUCACUUGGGAGAAUGCCCGGAAUGUGACUUAAAUACUGAUGUCAAAUGCCGUUGCGGUAACAUGGACCGUGAGAUCGCUUGCAAGGACUUGACAAGCAAAGCCGAUGACGCGCGCUGCGAGAAACGUUGCAAGAAGAAGAGAACCUGCGGUAAACAUAAUUGUAAUCAGCUGUGCUGCAUCGACAUCGAACACAUCUGUCCAUUACCCUGUUCAAAAACUUUAAGCUGUGGUCGGCACAAGUGCCAAGAAAGAUGUCAUAUAGGAAGAUGUUCGCCUUGCUUGGAGAGCAGUUUUGAAGAAUUGUAUUGUGAAUGCGGCGCCGAGGUGAUUUAUCCGCCGGUACCAUGCGGUACAAGAAGACCCAUUUGUAAUCGACCGUGUUCGCGCGAACACCUCUGUAACCAUGAGGUAUUGCAUAACUGCCAUAGCGAGUCUACAUGUCCACCUUGCAGCGUCUUGACUCAGAGAUGGUGCCAUGGCAAACAUGAACUCAGGAAAGCAGUGCCGUGUCAUGUGAAAGAGAUCUCGUGUGGUCUGCCGUGUAAUAAACCAUUGACAUGUGGACGGCAUAAAUGUAUCACAAUGUGCCACGCCGGAUCCUGCGAGAAACCUGGACAACAGUGCAUUCAACCUUGCACUACAAUGAGAGAACUCUGCGGACAUAUCUGUGCUGCUCCAUGCCACGAAGGCAAAUGUCCAGAUAUGCCUUGCAAAGAGAUGGUCAAGGUUACGUGCCAGUGUGGACAUAGGACUAUGAGUCGUGUCUGUGCAGAUAAUGCACGAGAAUAUCAAAGGAUAGCAAGCAACAUAUUGGCUAGUAAGAUGGCCGAUAUGCAACUCGGUCACUCUGUUGAUUUGGAAGAAGUGUUCGGACAAGGUGCGAAAAAGCAGAAUCAGUUAAAGACUUUGGAAUGUAAUGACGAGUGUAAGACAAUAGAAAGAAACAGAAGACUCGCAUUGGGAUUGCAGAUCGCCAAUCCAGACUUAAGCGGCAAAUUAAUGCCUAGAUAUAGCGAUUACAUGAAACAGUGGGCUAAGAAAGACCCACACUUCUGCCAAAUUGUUCACGACAAGUUGACGGAAUUAGUACAGUUAGCGAAGACAUCCAAACAGAAAUCCCGGAGUUACUCAUUUGAAGUUAUGAACAGAGAAAAGCGUCAUUUUGUGCACGAGUCGUGCCAGCAUUUUGGCUGUGAGAGUCAAGCGUAUGAUGAAGAGCCAAAGAGAAAUGUUGUUGCCACUGCCGUGAAAGAUAAGUGUUGGCUACCAAGCUACAGUUUACUAGAAAUGAUACAAAGAGAGAAGGGACAAAGAAAAGUUCCAGGUCCGGUACUUAAUACUUCGAAGGGAAAUAACUCUACAAAGACUGUUCUUUCGUUACCUGUAAAACAGAAUCAGCAAUUGCUGCCGUCAACUCCUAAAACUGCUGACAAAGAAAUAGAUUAUUUUGACUAUCGAGACUAAAUCAUCAGUAGAAUAUAAAAGACAACACAGGUUGUAUAAUGUAUAUAAUAUCAUAAAUAGGGCUUAAAAAAUG